AUGCUCCUGACACAAUCACAGGUGUCGGUCGUCGUAUCAUCCGCCGUCGUCGUCUUCUUCACGCUGCUACUCUUCCUCUCAGGCUUCGUCUACCAGCAGCAGACAGUCAAAGGCCUGCAAGAUGCCAUCAAACCCAGGAUCCCUCAGGCACCACCUGGAAUGGGAAUGCAACAGCCGGAGAGCAUAGAGCUGCAACAAUCGCGCUUCUUUGGCAAACAGUCCACUGGAGCACGCAUUACGUAUACCGAUUUCGACCGAGAUGUGCACAGCGCGGGCGCAGGCAUCAACUGGGCCCGGCUGGCGCAUGUUCAACUCGUCAAAAACCACCAUGAGAUUUGCAGCGCCAUCAUGGUGCUGGCAGACUUAUACGCCAUGCGUUCUCCCGCAAGGAGAGUCCUGAUGUUCCCGAAAGAAUGGGCCGAGGAGAAGAAGGCUAUGAAGGGGGAUGUUUCAGACCCAUAUUUGGACAGCACGAGGAGGCUGAUGCGGAUGGCUGCACGUCGUUACAGGGUGGAGCUGCUUCCGAUCGAUCCCAUCCGAGGAUUCGAUGGUACGGAGACAUACUCGCUGGCGAGUGCAUAUGCCCUGGAAGCAGAUUUUGAUCGAGUACUUACCAUUGAGACGCCUGGGAUGUUGCUCGAUGCGGAACCUCUGGACGCAAUUCUGGGAUUCACAGAAGAUGUGCCGUUCGCCAUGCUGCAUGAUACCGCUUUGAACGAUGGUGUACACUCGCAAGACUUGUUUCUCCUCAAGCCUCUAAGUGCAACAUACACAGAGCUCUCCACUAGGCUGCGCGGUAAAGAAGCAGUCGGCUUUAACGAUACCCAUCAUCUCUCACAGCUGUUUCCCGAGCCACUGCUGCUGGCUUCGAGCAAUGAGAACAAUGCGUUGAUUCGCUCUGUUGGGACUCUGCACGAUGUCGACGAUGACUUCAACCAGACGGCGUUCAUGUCAGAUGUGGCAUACAUUCGCUUCUCGGAUCCGAAGCUCCCGGGACCGGAGUACGACGUGCCGUGGUCUAGCAAAGUCGCUGCGAGGCCGAAGAACAAGGAUGCGGACUGGACUUGGACCAACUUAUAUGGUCAGUUCGCGCAAAAGCGAAUGGAGACUUGUGGGUUGGACUUGGAGGGUUGGCGGCCUUGA